AUGAAGAGAAAACUCCAACAAGCAAAAUCAGAGACCAACACCACCUCAACAACAACAACCAAUCCUCUUGAUGAUUCCGACUCUCUGGUGAAGAAAAAUCCAGAACGAUACGGAUUCACGAAAACAGCAUCUUCCAUCAAAGAUUUACCUCAAGUUGAAUUUGAAGAUGAUGAUAACGAAGAAGAACUAGCUGUACAAGAAUCUGCUUCUUCGGAGGAUGAGUCUUCAGAGGCAUCUUCCUAUCGACCACAACAACGAAACACCAAAUCUUCUUCUUCUUCGAAUACCUCUUCAUCAGUGAGUAAUAACAACAGUACUGAUGAUGAUGAAGAGGAUGAUGUCUAUCUGAGUGAUGAUGAAGAAGAUAUUGAAAGAGAGGAAGAAGGUGAUGAAGAGGAGGAACUAUUCCAACAUACGAAUGAUAGUGAUGAAGAGGAUGUCAAAGUCUUUGAGAGUUUCACCAAUCUCUCUUCUAUUAAUGAUGAAAAGCCUUUGAGUUGGUAUGAAAGGUCGAAACUUGCCAAGUCAUCUCAAAGUACCAAUUCUACUACUUCCAAUAUAGAAAAGUCUAAAGAGAAGAAUACUAAGAAAUCACUCUUUGAUGAUGUUCAUGACAGUGAUGACUCUUCUGAAGACGAAUCCAUGAUCAAUACCAUUGGUAAUGUUCCAUUGGAAUGGUAUGAAGAAUAUGACCAUAUUGGUUAUGACAGAAAUGGAAAUAGAAUCUUAAAAAGAAAACAAAAAGAUGCAUUGGAUCAUUUAAUUGCUAAACAUGAUGAUCCAAAUUAUUUAAGAACUGUCUAUGAUGAAAUUAAUGAUCGAGAACACGUAUUAUCGAAUCAAGAUUUGGAGACUAUUAUCAAUGUUGGAAUUAAAGGACAAUUCCCACCUGGAUACGAUCCAUACAAGGAUUAUGUUGAAUAUGUCAAGUUAGACUCUCGUUUUCCUUUAUAUGGUAAUCCAGUUCCUAAGGAACAUUUCUUACCUGAUAAAUCAGAGAGAAAAUUAAUUUCAAAGAUUGCAUUGAGAUUUAAGAGAAAUCCUGCUCUCAUGAAUCAAACCAAAGAGAAACAGAAGAAAGAAUCUGUGUAUUUAAUGUGGGGAGAUGAUGGACAAAUUAUUGGUGAGAAAAUUUCUCGAAUUGGUAUUUUACCUCCACCCAAAGAGAAAUUACCAGGUCAUAACUUGUCCUAUAAUCCACCACCUGAAUAUAUUCCUGAAAAGGCUAAAGAAGGAAAGGAAUUCAAAUACAAGAUUUAUGAAUCAUUGAGAAGUGUUCCAGUCUAUGACAAGUUUAUCCAAGAACGUUUUGAACGAUGUAUGGAUUUAUAUUUGGCACCUCGUGUUCAACCUACUAAAAAGAAAUACAUUGAAGAUCCAGAUACUUUACUUCCUCAAUUACCUCGUCCUGAACAAUUGAGACCAUAUCCAGAAAUACAAUCACUUAUUUAUGAAGGACAUGAAGGCAUGGUGAGAAGUAUUAGCGUGGAUCCAACUGGUAAAUGGUUAGUCUCAUGUUCCGAUGAAGAUGGAACGGUACGAUUGUGGGAAGUAGAGACUGGCCGUUGUAGGCGUGUUUGGAAUUUUUUGCAUUACAAUACCACCACGAAUGAGCCUAACCAGACGGCUGGUGCUACGACUGGUGCUACGAUGGUUGAUAAUAAUGGUGCUACGACUGGUGCUACUGAUACGACUACGACUGAGGUCAAUGAUCCUAACAAUAAUAACACCACCACCUCAGAAGAUUCCAAGAAAUCCACCCAAAAGAAACCUCAACGUGUGGGUAUUGAUGGUAAUAUUGAAAAUGUUCCAAAAUGGGUUGAAUGGAAUCCCAAUGCUAAACUUAAUUUAUUUGCUGUGGCUGUGGGUAGUUCAGUGUUUUUGAUUCAACCUGAAGAGAGUGGAAAUGAAAUUACUAAUGAAUUGACUGAAGAAUUAUUCCCUCAGAAGGGAUUUGAAAAUGAGGAUGAAGAGUAUGACAUUUCUGAUGAAGAAGAAGAACAGGAUUCAACGACUACCAAUUCCACUAGUACUACUGAAACAAAUGAAGAAAAAGAUGAAGAAGAAGAACGUGACAUUGAAAGUAAGAGUCGAAAGGGUCGUAAAAUCAAAUUGGUCACUUGGAAAUUCUAUCGUAAUAGCAACAACAACAAUACUUCAGCAUCCACACUUCAGAAAAGAAAAGAUGGUAUCAUGUGUCAAAUUAUUCACAAAUCUCGAGUGACUCAAGUGACAUGGCAUCAAAAAGGAGAUUACUUUGCAUCAUUGGCACCCAAUUCAUACUCUCAGGGUGUUCUCAUUCAUCAAUUAUCUCAUCGUUCUUCACAAAAAGUAUUCAAAGAAAAUGUCAAGGUUCGAAACUCUUCUCAGAAAUUCAUUCGAGUUUUAUUUCAUCCAAAGAAACCUCACUUUUAUGUUGUGAGUACAUCCAUGGUGAGAAUUUAUAAUUUACAAUCACAAAGACUUUCAAAGAAAUUGAAAGGACAGAAAUGUAAUUAUGUUUCAUCGAUUGCUAUUCAUCCAAGUGGUGAACAUGUAUUGAUUGGUGGAUUUGAUGAGAGAAUGGAAUGGUUUGAUUUGGCCAUCUCUUCACAUCCUUACAAGACGAUGAGAUUCCAUUCACGUGCCAUUCGAUGUGUAGAUUUCCACAAGAGAUAUCCUCUAUUUGCAACAUGUAGUGAUGAUACUACAUGCAAUGUAUUCCAUGGACAAGUCUAUCCUGAAGAUUGGACCAAAGAGACCAUGAUUGUUCCUGUCAAGAUUCUACGUGGACAUCGAAAACGUUCUCAUUUGGGUGUCUUGGAUUGUAAAUUCCAUCCCAUUCAACCAUGGAUCUUUACUGCUGGAAGUGAUAAGACUAUUCGAUUGUGGACUUCUUAA